AUGGCAUCCUCAUCCAAUGACGAAGAACAAAAUUUAGAAAACAUGUUUGAAGAUUAUUUCGAACAACAAAUCGACGUAAUGUACAACAACAUAGCGAACUAUCAACCGCCAGUACCGAGGAGACGAGCAUACAUAGAAAGAAACCGCGAGGAAGGGCAUAACCGCUUGUGGAAUGACUAUUUCAGUGAGGAGCCGACAUAUCCACCUCACUAUUUUAGGCGCCGUUUCCCAAUGAAAAGAUCAUUAUUCACGAGGAUCGUUAAUCGCUUCUCCAAUGAAGUUCCUUAUUUUCAACAUAGAAGAUAUGCAGUUGGCCGGUUCGGGCUAUCUCCACUACAAAAGUGUACUGCAGCAAUUCGUAUGUUCUCCUAUGGUUGUGCGGGUGAUAUGGUGGGCGAAUAUCUCCGCAUGGGUGAGACCACUGCCUUAUUGUGUUUGGAAAAAUUUACUGAAGGAAUCAUCGAUUUAUAUGGAGAGGAGUCAAUAUACACAUGGUGCAGGGAACCAACAAUUGUUCUAGAAGCUGUAGCUUCACAAGACCUCUGGAUAUGGCACACGUUUUUUGGACCACCGGGUGCCUUGAACGAUAUUGACGUCCUUGAUCGGUCUCCGGUUUUUGAUGACAUUAUCUAUGGUCGAGCUCCAACAGUUGAAUUCACCGUCAACGGUCACAAGUAUCAUAGGGCCUACUACCUCACCGACGGUAUAUAUCCAAAGUGGCCUACCUUUAUCCAAUCCAUCUCUAUUCCUCAAGGUCCAAAGGACGUGUUAUUUGCAGAACGUCAAGAAGCCGCCAGAAAAGAUGUCGAGCGUGCAUUUGGAGUCUUGCAAGCUCGUUUUGCAAUUGUUAGAAACCCGGCUCUUCUUUGGGAGAAGGAAAAAAUCAGCAACAUUACCAGAGCAUGUAUCAUAUUACACAAUAUGAUAGUGGAAGAAGAACGAGAUGGAUACAUUCGAUACGAUAUAUCCGAAUUCGUAGAAGGAGAAACAAGCAGAAGUUCAGAGGUAGAUUUCUCGUUCUCUACAAACAUGCCUUCAAAUCUCGGUAAUAUACUUGCCAUUCGGAGUGAACUUCGCGACCAAAGGAAACAUCAACGAUUGAAGACCGAUUUAAUUGAGAAUAUAUUUGCAAAAUUUGGUAACCAACAAUCAUAA